UCACUUCCUCACUGAGAUCACUGCUGUCUGUUCCAGCCUCUCAGCUUAAGAGGACUGUGUGACAAUGGCCUCGCCAAGUGACAACAACACAGAGGGGGACCAAAAGGUUCCUGAUGAGGAUGAAACUCCUGCAGUGAAAGACGUCCAAGCCCAUUACCUACGCUGCCCUUCUCCAAGUUUCUCCAUGAUGUCAGAUCGUUUCUCUACCAUCUCUGACCGGUUCUCCAUGAUCUCUGGGUCAGAUGCUGAAAGCAUCUUCAUGGAACCCAUUCACCUCUCCUCAGCCAUUGCUGCAAAACAGAUCAUCAAUGAGGAAUUGAAGUCCAAAGAGCUAAAGCUGGCAUCGACCCCAGAGAGCAUGCUGGAGACAGCAGAGCAACUAAUGGUGGAGGACCUUUACAAUCGUGUGAAGGACAUGAUCGAUGACCGCAGCCCCUAUAACACACCCUGCGUGUUGGACAUCCAAAGAGCUCUGGUUCAGGACCGCCUGGAGGCCCCAUUGAACCCAGUGGAUGAAGUCUGGCCUAACAUCUUCAUUGGUGAAAAAUCAGUAGCAGUGAACAAGGCUCGGCUGAAGCGUCUUGGCAUCACUCACAUUUUGAACGCAGGCCAUGGCACAGGAGUCUACACAGGCGACAGCUUCUACCAGGGAAUGAACAUCACUUACAUGGGUAUCGAGGUUGACGACUUCUCUGAUGCAGACAUCUCACCACAUUUCCGAACAUGUGCCGAGUUUCUCGAUGAGGCUUUGCUGACUCAUAGGGGGAAAGUGCUGGUGGAUUCCAUGAUGGGAGUAAGCCGCUCAGCGGUGUUAGUUGCUGCUUAUUUAAUGAUCUUUCACAACAUGUCCAUCAUGGAGGCACUGAUGGAAAUCAGAAAGAAACGUGCAAUCAACCCCAAUGAGGGCUUCCUGAAGCAGCUGCGUCAGCUCAAUGAAACCCUGAUGGAGGAACGAGACGAAGAUGAUGACGACACUCUCAGUCAAUGCUCCGUAAUUGACGCUCGGGCUCACCUCGAUGAGGAAGAAAGCAUGUUUGGAGUCAAAGCUAAUUCCAUCAUGGUGGAGGAGGAGGAGGACAGUGCGAGUGUUAUGAGUAGUGUUGCUUCAUCUGCAGCUGCUGCUGCCCUGAAAGUAGGCAUUGUCGGAGGCCCCAAUGGACCUGACCAGAAAGCAACUGCCAAGGACCCUUCUCUCCCUGGGAAAGAUGGCGAGGAUGAGGAUGAACAUGUGAACAAAAUGAUUCGGGAGUGGCAGAAGCGGAAUGAAAAGUACCAGAAUGAAGACUGGUGGGAAGCCCAGCUAAUGUGUGAUGAUGAGGAUACAGAGUCUCUUGCAGAGGCCGGAAAGCGUCCGGUUCCUCGGCCAGAGGAUCUGGAGAGUGUGACCAGUGAAGAUGUGCAGAUGUUGAAGGAACAGGUUAAGCGUCAGCCUCGCCGACCCCCCUCAGACUCAAUGUCUACCACUAGCUGCAGUAGUUACGCUGACCUCUGGAAGCAGCGUCUAAAGGAGAUUGAGGAGCAGGCUGCUGCAAGGUAUCGUCUCAAGGAAAGAGAUGAGGACGCAAGUAGCGAGGCAAGCCAAAAGAAGAUAGAUGACGAUCUAGAGAGUGUACUCUCUGACUCAAGCUCCAUGUACUAUUUCUGUCAGAAAAACAAGGACAAACUGACUCCCCUGGAGCGGUGGAAGAUUAAGAGAAUACAGUUUGGGUGGAACAAGAAAGAACAAGAGGCAGAGAACAAGAGUGGGGAGCAAAAGGAAGGUGAGGCAGAGAGCCCUGCUCCUUCUUUGGAGGACGUCAACUUAACAGCCUAUCAGACAUGGAAGUUGAAGCAGCAGAAGAAAUAUGGGGGUGAGGAGAACAAAGAUGAGAUUCUGGAGAUAAGCCGUGGAGAGGAUUCAGCCACCAUCAAGAGGAGACAGCGGAGAGAAGAACUCUUGGAGCGCUCCAGGAAAACGCUAGAGGAGAGCCAAUCUGUGUGUGGCUGGGAAACUGAAAGCACACUCAGUGGAAGUAUCCCUCUGUCUGCUUUCUGUGCUGGUGCAUUUCCUUCUGCAAGUGUUGCAGGUGAUGAUAACAUGUCCGUGCUGAGUGGCAGAUCAUCUGUCCUUUCAGGCCGUAGCACCCGCUCCCAACCCUCUGUCCCACCUGCCCCACCUGAACCUCCUGUCCCAGUGCUGGGACCCAAUGGAGAACCAAUGGUGAACAUAGCAAACAUUCAGAACUGGAUUGCAAACGUAGUUAACGAAACACUCAUGCAAAAGCAAGCCGAAAUGAUGAUGACAGGAAGUCUUCCACCAUCUCGAGCAGGGUCUGUUUUCAGUCUGGGUGCUGGCACAGGGAUGGGACAGGGACGCGGAGUGGAUGAUGAUAAGUCCUCUGUUCUUAGUGGAUCAUCCUAUUCCAGCUCGUUACCUCGCAGUAGGGCUGAAUCUGUGCUUUCGGCUGGCGGGAGGGCUGCGUCUGUACUUUCUGCAGGUGGACGGGCAGAGUCUGUUCUAUCCGCUGGAGGAGCGUCUAGUCUCUCUUCAGUUUCUGGGUUAGGCUCUCGUAGGAGCAAAAUCACCACCACCAGUGUACCGCUAUACAGCUUAUUCCAAGACCAGGUAAACCUGCACAAACUUGACACCAUGGAGAAGGAAAUUAAGUCUGAUAUGAGACAAAAGAUGGCCUCAUAUGAGAUAAAGAAGAUUGCAGAAGACAACAAGCGCAGUACAUUGUACAAGAAGAAAAAGCAAAAGGAUGAGGACGAAGAUAAGGAGGAUGAAAGCACCCUUGGAAAGUCAAGUGGAUUUAGCAGCAAUGAAUUAUCAACCAGCCCCUGUGAGAAACCAAAACCCAAAAAAGAUUUUGGUCGUUCUGGAAUACUCAACCUUCCUGCCUCAGCAAACUCCAGUUGCAGUAUUGACGAAUGGCUCAAAAAUGUAAGACCCCCCUCAAGCAAGGUAAGAGGGUAUGAUGAAGAUACAGCUGAACCUCGCAUGUCCAGGCCAACAUACGGAGAACCCCCAGAGCCUGCAGAGUUUGAUUUUCCGAGCCGGAGAAGCUCAAUUGUAGCACAGGAAGGUGAUGAGGAGGACUAUGGCUUUGCAUCGAACAAUAUUUCCCGAUAUGAAGUUGACAGCGAUUUGAGCAGAGAUCCCAGUCCAGAAUUCAGUUAUCAAUCAAGGAGGACGCUUCUUGGGGCAGAGUCCUCCUGGAAUGGAACAUCAGAGUCUAGUCAUCACAGAACUGGGAGACGCUAUGCUAGACAUGAGGAAACAGAGGAGGAGGAUAGUUUCCAGGAGCACUCAGCAAAGCGGAAAUUUACUCAUACAUCGCGAUUUGAUGACAGUGAGAUAACAGGACGGACAAGAACAAGACAGAACGAUGAUGAAGAUGAGGAGGUAUCUGCUUUUAUCAACCGCAUCAGACAGAGGGCAAGAGACCGUGUAGCAGAGGAGUUAGAGGAUGAUGAAGUCCUUUUGGCAUGGAGGAAACAAGCAGAAGCAAAAUCUCUUAAUAAUGGCAACAACUCCUAACAAGAGACUUUGCUGUUUUUGUGUAGAGGACUGGAUCCAAAUCUCACAAAUGAGAUGGAGGCAGUAGAAUUUGGAACAGUGCUAGUCUCUAAUUUUAAUUCAUAAUUUAAUGCUUUCGAUUUCAUCCUCUUAAUUGUAGGGGCAGAAAUUUGUAGUUUAAAAAGCACAGAAUGUCCAAGAGUGUUGUAGACAAUGUAUUAACAUCUACACUGGCCCCAAAAAGCAUUUGGACAGUAACCAUUGAUGUUUUUCCUUGAUGAAGUUUUUAGGUCACCUCAUAAAAUAUUUAAACAAAAUUAUAUUUGUUUCAGAAAAAAUCACUUUUAGCACAACAUCAGAGUGUGUCCUGUGUGGAGAAAGACUGAAGAAGGAUUCCAACCAGACUGCACUAACAGUACUGUAAAGCACAGAGGUGCUUAUUCUUACAGUGGUCUUGGUGGGCUUGUGUGUAUUGAUAGGAUCAUGAACUCAUAAGUGCACAAGGCAUUUUGGACACAAAUCUGCAUAAGUCUACACAGAACUUUUAAAAAGAAUACUUUGCCAAAUUGGAAUGGUCUAUUUACAAUAAAUGCCACAUGAUAUUUUGUUUCCUAACACAAUGAUGGAACAAAUGUCCAAAUACCUUUUGGGGCCACUGUACAGUGCUGUUACUAAGAAACAACAUCCCUCCACUAUCAACAGUCUCCACUAUGCCUAUUCCUAUUCCAACUUUGUAUAACUAUUAUACUUUAUGAUACUAUAAUAUAAAACACUUGUUCAAACUA